GGAAUGAAAGCCUUUUUCUAUUCGAGAUUACCGCACUCUCCUAUAAUGUCAUGUGAUUUGUGCUUGAUGUUUGCAGAUAACGAAGCUUAUAAAGUUGUACUGCUGACAGUUCUUACCGAGUUGCUUCAUCUAGUAUUUGCAGGUUAUCAUGUUAGCUGUGUUCUUCAAACUUGUCUGAGUUAUCCACAAAUGUGUUCCUCUUUGACAGCUGAUGUAUCUCGUGGGAAUCCCCAUCACCUGAACAUGAGAACAGGUUACUUAGUCCCGUCUGAUUUCUUCCAAGUUUGUGUGUGGCUGUGUAAUUUUUGAUAUGUUGUUACAUUGUCAGAUCAGUUGAGCCACGUACAUGUGACUACAUUAUGUGAGGUUAGUGCACUUCAAAUCAUAUGUUGUCAAAUUAUCCAAUCUGAUUGAUUUGAAUAAUUUAUUUGUGAUCAAGAGUAUUUGACCCACAAGAUGUUGGUCAGCUCCAUCAAACAGGACUGAAAAUAUUAGUACAUAGAACUUCUGGUCAGUUGCUUGUGGUGCCCAGCAAAAAAUCUCACUCACCCUUAAAUUUGAGCCUACCCUAAUAUGUUGUAUACAAUGAUUCCCCAAGUCAUUGGGCUUGUAGAGAUGUCAAACCUGUCAUCACUAAUCCAUUUUUUAACUGUAGUCCAGCUGUUGCAACUUGUAUUCAAACAGGUCAAACCAUGCAACAAACACCAUGUUUUGAGUUCUCCUGGCCUCUGGUAGACAGUGAAAUCCAAUCACUGGGAUGCUCUUAUAUUUGAAGGCCCAAGAAAAGAAAAAAAAAAAACAAAAGGGAAGAGAAAUCACAUAGGAAAAAUUUUUUUCGAACCAUCAGCACAUGUUCAUCACCAGAGGUUGAGUAUGAAACAGGCAUAGUGCAAGUUUGACUUGAUUCAAAGGGUUCACUGCCGGGAUCAUUUGUAGACGAGGGUUUGCCAGUGCUGCUUUGACUUUUUGAAAACAGGAUGACUUGUGGAUUCAAUGUGUGGCAAAACAUUAGGAUGUGUUUGAGGUGUAUAGGUAAGUGUAAUUUUCCUCACAGAGUUAAAAUGAACAACUGAACUAAUGGAGGACUGCUGCUUGAGUGCCUAGUGUAAUCCUCAAGUUUUCUUAGCAGCUGGUUAAAAGUGACUGAUGAACACCAAGAUGACAGAUGCCAGGAUUUUGAUAAUCACAAAGAUGACAGAUGAUGACAAAUGCCCAGAUUUUGAUGAACACCGUGAUGACAGAUGCCCAAAUUUUGAUGAACGUCAAGAUGACAGAUGCCCAGAUUUUGACCUGUGAAGUGAUCACAGGGUGUAUGCCAUGUAGACGGCAUGGGGGCCGAGAUAUUUUCCUUACUAGUGAUCCAGGAGAAUCUUCCAUUAAUCUGUAUCAUAAAUAUAAUCUUAAAUGAAUGAAAUGCUUACAAGUUGGUUUUCUGUUGAGCAGCAAUCUACAACUACCAGCUUCAAGACAAUGUAGCAUAAGUUACAGAGUUCAUGUGAAGAUUUGUGGUAGCUGAGCCGAAACAAUCGUGGAUGAUGUAGAUAAGACAAUUCUCCCCCAGGAUAAUUCAUCAGAAGGGGACGUGCAUGUAACUCCAGUAGGAGUUCGAGGAGAACUACUGCCCAGCCGAGGAGAGCGCAUUGUAACCAUGUCGGGCCCAAACUGGCUAGAUGUCAUCAACCUGGGGAACAGCAUUAUAGGGGUCAGCAUACUGGCCAUGCCAUUCUGUUUCAAACAGUGUGGCUUAAUCCUGGGCAUGGUUCUGCUGUUUGCCAGUGCCUGGAUGACAAGUGUCUCCUCCAAGCUUCUCCUUAAGGCUGGCAUCCAGUCACGAAGAAGGUCAUACGAAUUUUUAGCGUAUUUUACCACGGGCCACUUUGGGAAGUUGUUAGUGGAAUUAGGGUGUAUAGGUCUAAAUGUGGGCUCAUGUGUGGCAUUCUUUGUGGUGAUGGGAGACCUGGGACCAGCGAUUAUAUCCAGGAUGUUUGGCUGGGAGAACUCAGCUCAGCUGCGCAGUGGGUUGAUGGUUCUAUUAGCCCUCUGUGUAGCGUUGCCAUUGGGACUACGCAGAAAUGUGGAAAGUUUGAGCCACUUUAGUGCUCUCUCUAUAGGCUUUUAUAUUGCAUUUAUCACCUAUAUGUUUGUGGUUGCUUUCCCCACUUUGCUGGCUGGCUCAUGGACAGCAAAGGUUAACUACUGGAGGAUGGAAGGACUGUUCCAGUGCCUGCCCAUAUGUUCAUUGGCUUUUGCUUGUCAGACGCAGUUAUUCAUUAUCUAUGAUUCUUUACCGGAGCCGUCCCUGAAGACCAUGAGCUCAGUGGUCAGUGGAGCAAUCAAUCUGUGUACAGCUGCCUAUCUUCUGACUGGGUUUUUUGGAUAUGUGGCAUUCUCGGACCAGCCCUUGGGAGGAGAUGUUCUCACACUGUUUCCCGAAACUCUGUUUUCUGAGAUCAUGAAGCUGGGCUUUGUCUUGUCUAUAGCCAUCAGUUUUCCUCUGGUGAUUUUCCCAUGCCGAGCUGCUGUCUUCACGCUCUUCUUCCCUCAGAAACCCAAAUCUCGGGAUGACUUUGGGGAAACCAACAGGAUACCUGACAUACAUUUCCGUGCUAUUACAUUUACUAUUGUAAUUGGCACUUUAAUAAUUGGCAUCCUGGUACCCAAUGUGGAGUUUGUUCUCGGCAUGUGUGGGGCUACCAUGGGAACUCUGAUAUCCUAUAUCCUACCUGCAGUAUUUUUCAUUAAGGUCUCUGCAAGUCUCAGUGAUGGCAAAGGCUUAGCGAGGUUUGUUUUAGUCGCCGGCUGCCUGAUCUGUGUCAUCAGUACCCACACCACAUGGACCACCCAGAAGCAGGUGACCAUUGACAGUGUUAACCCUCAGAAUGCCAAUCUCAUGCCAGACAACAAACUGAAGGAGAAGGGGCUGCAGAAUGCUGUGGACGCCAAGCCUGGUGAGGUCGGAGCAGCUGUGGACAGAGCAGCUGUGGAGAAGCAAGAAGACCCUGGGGGAGGACUAGACAAGGCCAAAGAGGCUCAAAUUGAGUCACCAGAUAAACCAGACAAUAGCAAAGUGAAAGAUGAUAAAGAUUCUGUGAAAAAGGAAGAAGGACGACAAGAGCCUCCCAUACCCCAUGCACCCCCUGAUGAGCCUAACGACCAGAAAUCUGAUAAAGACAGUGAUAAUAAAGAUAAAAAGGAAGAGAAAGGUGAGCUAAAAAAUAGUGGUAAGGACAAAGAAAAGAAAAAAGAAGAUGACAAAAUAGUUCGGGACUCAAAGAAAGAAGAUGUGAAGGCUGCAGAGGACAAGGCUGAAAAACAGGGGAAUGCUGGGAAGGAUGAGGCAGCCAAAGACACAGGUGUUGAGGAAAAGAAGAAAAGCAAAGUGGGAGAGGGAGUGGACAAAGAUGUGAUUGACAGGAAUGAAAGAGAGGCUGAAAAAGAGCAAAGGGAAGAAGAUAAGAAAAAACAAAAAGAGUUAAUACAGAAACUAGAGGAACAACAUGAGAGUCAGAAAAAACUCAUUGAAGAGGAGAAGAAAAUUCUUGAAGAACUUAAACAACAUCGAAAUGAGGUCCACCUCAAGCCGGGAGACCAGCCGGGCAGCAAGGAAGAUUUACCCCAGCAAGGAGGAAUAGCACAACAGGGUAUGGCUCAACCUGGCUUGGUACAACAACAGGGUAUGGCUCAGCCUGGCUUGGUACAACAUCAGGGUAUGGCUCAACAACAAGGUAUGGCUCAACCUGGCUUGGUACAACAGCAAGGUGGUGUUCAGCAGCAAGCUGGCUUGGCACAACAACAGGGUUUAGCACAGCAAGUGCAACAGCAGGGUGUCAUGCCACAACAGGGCUUGGCUCAACAACAUAGAAUUGCACAGGGUGCAAUGCAACAAGGUGUAGCACAACAGCAGGUUGUCUUGCCAAAACAGGGCUUGGCUCAUGCACAAGGAAUGGCACAGGGUGUGGUGCAACAAGGUGUAGCAGAGCAGCAAGGUGUAGCACAACAACAAGGUGUAGCUCAGCAGCAAGGUGUGGUGCCGCAGCACGGUUUUGUGCAGCAACAGGGUGCAGCCCAACAACAAGGACAAGUGCAGGCAAACUUACAAGGAGUUCCCCAGCAACAACAAAAUCUGGCAUUCCAACAAGCUGUGGUACAUCAACAGGGAGUGGGACAGCAAGGUGGGGCACAGCAAGGCAUCGUCCAGCAGCAAGCUGUACCACAACAGCAACAUUUGGCACAGCAGCAGGGCCUAGCAGAAGGACAAGGUGGUGCACAACAACGGGUUUUGUCCCAACCUGGCCAAUCAAAGCAGGGAUAUCCCCCACAGGAGGACUUGGCUCAGCAACCAUUUGUAGCACAACAAGGACUGGCUCAGCAACAGGGAGUGGUUCAGCAAGUGCAGGGAGGGGCACAGCAGCUGGUCCAGCAAGGUGUAGUGGCACAACAGCAGCCAGUUAUGGGUCAGCAACAGGCAGCUCAGGGUCAAGCACAGCAAGUUGUGGGCCAGCAACAGCCACUUAUGGGUCAGCAACAGCCAGUAGUGGGUCAGCAACAGCCAGUUGUAGUUCACCAACAACCAGUUGUAGGUCAGCAACAGCAAGUCAUUGGUCAACAACAGCCGGUUGUGGGACAGCAACAGCCAGUUGUAGGUCAGCAAGUUAUAGGCCAGCAACAACCAGUUGUGGGACAGCAUCAGGAAGUAGUGGGCCAACAGCAGCCGGUUGAGGGCCAACAGCAGCCACUGGUGGGCCAACAACCGCCAGAGUUAGGCCAGGAACAGCAGCAGGGAUUGGGUCAACAGCCAGCUGUAGUCCAACGGCAGGAAUUUGUUGAACAGGCAGGACUAGUUCAACAAGGUGUAGCACAACAACAGGAAGUAGCACAACAACAGGGUGUAGUGCAACAACAAGGUGUAGCACAAAAAGAAGCAGGAGUGCAACAGCAAAAAUUAGCACGAAAUCAGAUGAUGGCAUCUGAUAGCAAGCAGGAAAAACUAAUAGGUGGUGUUGAUGGCGUAAACAAACAAGAUAAUGAAGGCCAGGAAAUACUGGAGAAUUUGGGAAUUGACUUGCCGGUGAAGGAGGUAGGCAAACAGCACGGGGAACAACAACAGCAUCAGGACGUUGACCUGAAGAGAAAGAAGCGGGACGUAGGUCGAGGGGAGCAUAACUUCCCAGAUAUUAGUCAACAGAUCAGCGACGACAUGGCCGCAAAGGACAAACUGGAAGUAGAAGUUAUCGGACGUGAUUUAAAGCAUGUGGGGGCGAUAAGGUCCAGUAAAUGAGAGAAAUGAGAGAGCGAUGCGAGAUGUGUUACACGUCGGCCAGAUGAGUUCAGUUAUUACUUGUGGUCUUUACCAGGUUCAGAUAAAGGCACAAACGUCUGAUUAUACGUGUUCGGUGGCCUGUGCUCCUAAAAUAUGGCACAACGUGACGUUGGUAACAAAGAGGCUUGUCUUGUUCAUCAGUACUUUCAGGUGGUAAAAUCCGCAUUACAUUAUUGUACAUUAUUGUUUCUAUUUUGUGAGAAGUUUUAUUUACGCAUGUUGUUUGCUCCUCCAUUGGGACCAAAGAAGUUUUUUCUUAAAGUCUUAAAGAUUUUAUUUGUUUAUAUUGGUCGAUUUUAAUUCGAAUAGCUGAAUACCCGCCAAGGAUAACAUAUAUGGAUGACAACUGGUGAUCACAACUAGCAAUGACAACUGGCAAUGACAUCUGGCAAUGACAUCUGCCAAUGACAGCUGCCAAUGACAGCUGCCAAUGACUGGAAAUGAGAACCCCAACACGAAAUAUAUGUUGUCCUUGAAAUCAGUUUUCGGACUACCCAGUCUUAUGAUGGAUAAUUUUUUUUGGUGUCACAGAAAUGAAGAUGGCCUCAUUCUCUGCUUGGUGAUGUUGAUAUGUACAUAACUGUGUCUCAUACUCUGCUUGUCUCAUACUUAUGUAUUGUCUGAUUGAAGUAUUAAUCAGUUGGUGUAAAAGUUAGUAGCAGUAGGAACCUUUUUUGAAAUAAAUUUUAACAUGACCAGUGUUGAAAUAAUGGGGCUGACAACUUUUGAAAUAAAAAUUGACAAACAAAUCGUUUUCAACAAUUACAGGUUUUAUUUCCUUUGAAAGUGGUUUCUACAGACCUUACCUCAGUCUUUGGAAAGACUAUUCUUUCUACUAGCCCAUCUACUAUUGAACAGUCAAUUUUUGAAAAAAGAAGAAAGUCACAAUCCCGUGGCGCAGUUGAUAAUUUGAGGCAAUUACCUCAAUUUGAAGUCUUCAGCAUGAAAUCGACUCGUUUCUCUUUUGUGCACCAGGCCAGUCGAGUGUGAAUUUACUUGGUCAUCAAAGACCUAAGGCUCAUCAGCGGUAACCCAGUCAAAAAUGGCUUUCCUUUGAACUUUUCAAGACUUGGAAUUUGAUAACGUUUGUAUCUCGUUAGUGAUAUGCAUUUGUUUGAGAUCAUAUACAUCCCCUUAAACACCACCCUUAUGUAAAUAGUAUACAGGCAAUGUUUGGAGACGGACAGGUGUAACUGUUGUUACCUUGUCCUUGAAGGUGUGGAGGGUAUGAACUACAGGGCAACAUGUGCUUUUCCGAUUUGCAAUUACCACUGUGUAAGUAUUUUGUGUUUCGUACAAAUGAAUCCUUAAAAUAUCAUUUAUAUUGUUGUAUAAAAUUGUGCUAUAAGGGCUACAUUUGCGCUUGAUAAUAUAUAUUACAUGUAUAUAAGGAAAUGAGAUGUGUAGAGUGCCUACCUGUAGUUUGUGAUAUCGUUGAGGAAGUUUAGCGCCUGAUUUAGAAUAACAUGAUGGAUUAAUGUGGUCGGGGGACUAUCGGAAGAUGGAUGACAGCUGACCAAGUGCACCAUGCGAUUGGAUUAGGUAAAUACGCAUCUCAGCCGUACCAACGGUGUAUAUUAAGAAAUCGGUAAUUCAUUGUUACUAGGUUGUAGGUAUGACAACAGCAAUGAUUUAACCAGACCAGAGUAUAUAGCAUACUGUAAAUGUUCAACCUUUUCGCAUUUUUGCAAGGUGUUUAUUUAAGCAUAUACUGAGGGCAUUAUUCUGUGUAGACUGGUAAAAUUAUACUUUUUGCUAAUACAGCCAAAGUAAUUUUUUGUUCAAAAUCAUAAACUGCACUGAAAUUUCCUCUUUCAUAUGCCAGAAAGGUUGAGGAUUUAGGGUAGCUGCGGUGCCAUAUAUCAUGCCUUAAAAUGGGGUGUACAUAAUAUGUAUAUUAUGUGGAUGAGGUGAAGCCAUCUCUGUAGAAAUACUUCUGUAUGAUUCAGUACAAUCCUGUGUGGAAGCAUGACCUACAUUGGCUCAGUUUGACAGCGCAUGGACGCGUAUGUCUGUGUAAAUUGUACUAACAAUGUAUUCACAACCCGAUGCCUUGUACAUAGGUCUUUACUUCCAUUCCAUCCAAUCCAUACCCUCAGCUGCUAUUUUCAGUACAAUUAUACCGACGUGUGUG